AUGGCUCUCCCUUCUCCCUCAAGAGAGCAUUUCGAGCCCGACCAGCUGUCGGCGACUGCUACGACAGCGGUUGACCAGGCACCCGCGCUUUCGUCAUCCAGUGCUUUGGCUCGAUUCGAAUUCGAAGCCGGCCGAGGCAAUGAGGGGACAAAGAUCAUCAUGGUAGAGUGGGAGGACGAGAAUGAAGGCGGGGAGGCAAAUACAGGUGAUUGGGAGGUCUCAUGGGAGGGUAAGAGUACAGUGCUGUCCGCAAGGGAAGGAGCCGAAGGCAAACUACACCGGAUAUAUUUUCUGCUGGCACCAGGAGUAACCGUGCCACGGAUAGUUAAGCUGGCACAAAGAGGAGGGAAAUCCAUGCAGACCAAUCCGUUGCCAGCUAUCUUCCCCGCCGAGUUGGGCGUCAGUGCGACGACGGCGGGGAAGAAGGGGGUGCUUCAUACAGUUUACGCCAAAAAGCGAUUGUCCGUCCUGCAAAAAGAAAUUGAAGCCGAGAUGAAGAAUGGAGAGGGUGUGGGGCUGGAAAUGGCGAUGCAAGAGAAACAAUGGAUUGAAGAAAACUUUGGAGUUGGAACGAAGGUUAUCCCUGAUUUGCAAUAUACCACAUCGCCUACGAGUCCUAAAUCUCCUGGAGGCGGCCGUUUAGCAGAGAAAUUAAAGGGUUUGAAGUUAGGUACCAGCGCCUCCGAAUUGAGCUCUCCAUCAAUAGACGGAUCGUCCGGAUUAGAGCAUCGUUCUUCCCAUCCUCUUUCCCCAGAGAUGGGCGAUGUUGCCGUGUCCUCCUUUGCGCUUUUCCACAGCGCGACAGCCCCCCGUCCGUCACGGGUCGUUGCGCAAAAUCCUCCAGAACACCUAUUAGCGAGACAAGGCGACGCAUGGAAUAGCAAUCGGAUCAACUCGCUAGAUGCCGUUGCUGGUGGGCAUAUCCCACCAAAGGACGAUAAUACAACGGAAGAUGACCUCUUCGCUGUCAGGAUGAGCCCUCGAAGCCCUGAGAUGACUAAGAGCCCAUUCAGUUUCGCCGCGAAAGAUACGGCGCCUUGGCUGAAAAGUAACGAAUGA